UCGCCUGCCGAGCUCGACGAAGUCCGGCGCUGUGGGCAGUGGCGCGGCGCCGAGCCCAGCGACCUCUUCUUAAACAUCUAUGCGCAAGCACUGCUUGCGCUCGAGAAGAAUGCGCUGAACGGCCUCGUGUCGCCCGCGCUCAUGGGCGUGUGCGGCGUCGCGCCGCUCACUAUCGUCUCGCACUCGCUGGAUAUUGUGCGGCACUACGCAGCGCUGAUCGCGCGCGCGCGCCACGAGAUCUUCUUCACGACGAAUGUGUGGGAGGCGAGCGAGGCCGCCACCGUCGUCGCAGACGCGUUGAGAGCGCUCUCCAAGGCCGUGCUGGAGCGCGGCGGCGCACGUGUCGUCGUCAAGAUCAUGUAUGACCGCGGCGUCGCGGACGGGGGCGCGCACCAACGCGUCGACGCCAAGAUAUUCUCCUCCCCCGCCGUCGGGUUACCUAGCCCCGAAGAGGUGCCGGGAUGCAGUCUCGAGGUGCAGAACUACCACAUUCCGCCCGUCGGCUCGUUCCACCAAAAGACUGUGAUAGUCGACCGCGAAGUCGCGCUUCUCAGCAGCAACAACGUGCAGAAUCGGGACGACGUCGGGUUCAUGGUCCAGCUCGAAGGCCCGAUCGUGCAGAGCAUAUACGACUCGGCGAUCCUCUCGUGGUGGAUGAGCUUCAAUGACCCGCUGCCGCUCGUCGCGCGCGCCCCCGCCUACGCCGACACGCUCACGCUGUCCGACUUUGUGUUCGGCGAAGCACACCCCGACGUGGCGGGCAUGGGCGACCGCGCCGCGAUGGCCGAGCGAACGCGCCACCGCCUCCUCCCAGCGCGGGGCACGGACGACGCCUCGCCCCCCUUCUCCCCUGUGAUCGUGCAUGCGCCGCACGCGCCCUUCCCCGUCGCGAUGGUGAACCGGACGCCGCGCGGGCGUGAGUCCCCCCCGCUAUCAAUGCUGACGCAAGGCCGCGGGUGCGGGGACGCAUUCGUGCCCCAGAACCAGGCGUGGCUCGCAGCCUUCAAGUUUGCGCAGCGCAGCGUGUUCCUCCAAACGCCGACGUUUAGCGCCAAGCCCAUCGUCGGCGCGGCGCUCGACGCCGUGCGCCGCGGCGUGGUCGUCGAGAUCUACGCCGACCUCGAGUUCGAGGGCGGCACGCCGAGCGCAGACGGGCGCGCGAACCAGCUCGUCGCGGCAUACAUGUACUCGCAGCUCGGCGAGGCGGAGCGCGCCCGCCUCAGAGUGUACUGGUAUACGGCAAAGGGAGAUACAGGGCCGCUGAGUACGCGCGGGAGCGCGCAUACGUGUCAUAUCAAGCUUAUGAUCGUCGACGAACAGAUCGCCGUGCAGGGCAACGGGAACGCGGACGUGAAUUCCUGGCUGCACGCACAGGAGAUCAAUGUGCUCGUAGACUCGCCACAGCUGUGCCGCGAAUGGCGAGCGGCGCUCGACGCGAACCAGGAUACGCGGGCGCGCGGGCUUGUAGGCCACGAUGGGGUGUGGCGCGACGCAAACGGCACGCCGCUGCCGGCUGCGCCGGAGAGCACGCCCGCCAGCAUGCCGCGCACGGCGGUGCGGGAGACGCCGGUGCGGGAUGCGCGGAAUCGCGAGCCACGCCCGCCCAUACCCAAGCGCGAUAGUGGGGGUAUCGCGCUCGUGCGCAAGGCCGCGGCGGCCGCCAAGUCGCCCCGCCCGCACAGCGUCGACUCGAAGCGCUCGGCGACGGAUAGGAGAGCUUAGACCCAUGUUAUACUAGUAUUUGUACGCACUUAAUGCAGAGCCAGCCACCUGCCCACUACACCACUGUUCCGAGGUACACACCAUGCAUGGACAAUGACAC